AUGCUGAUUAAAGAAUACCGAGUUACACUACCUCUAUCUGUUGAGGAGUAUCAUGUUGCACAAUUAUUUUGUGUGGCAGAAGCUUCCAAAGAAAACACUGGUGGGGGGGAGGGUAUCGAAGUGCUCAAAAAUGAGCCCUUCGACAACCACCCUUUACUCAGUGGUCAAUACUCUAAAGGACAAUAUACUUAUAAGAUUUAUCACAUAGCAAGCAAAGUUCCAGCAUUUGUUCGAUUGCUUUGUCCAAAGGGCUCAUUAGAAAUACAUGAAGAAGCAUGGAAUGCUUAUCCUUAUUGUCGAACAGUGAUAACUAAUCCAGGAUAUAUGAAAGAAAAUUUUUUAAUUAUGAUAGAAUCGUUUCAUAUUAACGAUUCAGGAUAUCAGGAAAAUGUUCAUCAGUUACCCCCGGAAAAACUCAAACAACGUGAAGUUAUUCACAUAGAUAUUGCAAAUGACAAAAUGGAUCCUCGCGAUUACAAAAGGGAAGAUGAUCCCACACUUUUUACAUCUCAAAAAACUGGCCGUGGGCCGCUGGUCGGAAAAUGGCAGAAGGAGUUCACAACUUUCCAUCGUCAAGUUUUUUGCUCCAUAGAUCGCUGGUACGGAUUAACAAUUGCCGACAUACGAGCGCUCGAAGAAAAGACGAAACAAGAAUUAGACAAGCAAAGGAAUCAAGGAGAAGUGCGAGGAAUGAGAACUGGAGAUUGA